GCUGUGUUUGGGCUUAUAUCACUGGUCUUUUUUGCACACUCCUGGAUUUCAGUCUCAACCAGCUGGUUCCUACCUUCCUGGCACGUUCCUCAGUUGAAAUCACUGAAUCUUUCUUUGCUAUUCUAACUCCAUCUUCUUAUUCUGAGACCAGUCAGAACUGAAGGCAAGAGCAAUAGACCAACACUGAGGUAGAGGUAUCACACCCAGCUAUGAAGAUCAGCAUCCUGCUCAUGUUCUUUUGGGGAUUAUCCUGUGCUCUCCCAGUGGCCAGGUAUCAAAAUAAUGAAUCUGAGAGUUCUGAGGAAUGGAAGGAUCAUUUGGGUCAGGCACCAACACCACCCUUGGAGAGCAAUGAGUCAUCAGAAGGACGUAAAGUUAGCUCAGAGGAACAGGCAAAUGAAGACCCCAGUGACAGUGCUGAGUCAGAGGAGGGGCUGGGCUCUGAUGAUCGUCAAUACAUUUAUAGACCAACUGGUGGCUUCUCCAGGAGCACAGGAGAAGAAGGAUAUGAUAAAGAUGACGAGGAAGAUGACAGUGGAGAUGACACCUUUGGCGAUGAUGACAAUGGCCCAAGGCCCAAAGACAGACAAGAAGGAGGAAAUUCCAGACUGGGAAGUGAUGAGGACUCUGCUGACACCACACAAUCCAGUGAAGAGGGCGCUCCACAAGGGCAAGACAGUGCCCAAGAUACCACCAGUGAGAGCAGGGACCUUGACAAUGAGGACCAGGUGGACAGCAGGCCUGAGGGAGGUGACUCCACUCAGGAGAGUGAGAGUGAAGAGCACUGGGUGGGCGGUGGCAGUGAGGGGGAGAGCAGCCAUGGAGAUGGCUCUGAGUUUGACGAUGAGGGAAUGCAGAGUGAUGACCCAGACAGUAUCAGGAGUGAGAGGGGAAACUCCAGAAUGAACAGUGCAGGCAUGAAAUCAAAAGAAUCUAGAGAAAACAGCGGGCAGGCAAACAUUCAAGAUUCCGGUGACAGCCAGUUGGUGGAGCAUCCUAGUAAAAAAAUUUUUAGGAAGUCUCGCAUCUCAGAGGAAGAUGACAAAGGUGAACUUGAUGACAACAACACGAUGGAGGAAGUCAAGAGUGACUCUACAGAAAACAGCAACUCCAGAGAAGCUGGCCUCAGCCAACCCAGGAGAGACAGCAAGGGUGACUCUCAAGAAGACAGCAAGGAGAAUCCGUCCCAGGAAGACAGCCAAAACCUAGAUGGCCCCAGCAGUGAGUCCAGCCAAGAGGCGGACCUUCCAUCCCAAGAGAGCAGCAGUGAGUCUCGGGAAGAGGUGGUGAGUGAGUCCAGGGGAGAUAACCCCGACCCCACAACCAGUUACGUAGAAGACCAGGAAGACAGUGACUCCAGCGAAGAGGACAGCUCGCAUACACUCUCCCACUCAGAAAGUGAAUCCAAAGAGGAGCAAGCAGACAGCGAAUCCAGCGAGAGCCUCAACUCCUCAGAGGAAAGCCCGGAGUCCCCCGAGGAUGAGAACAGCUCCAGCCAGGAGGGCCUCCAGUCUCACAGCGCCUCAGCAGAGAGUCAGAGUGAGGAAAGCCAGUCUGACGAAGAUGACAGUGACUCUCAAGACAGCAGCAGAUCUAAAGAAGAUAGCAACUCCACGGAGAGCAAAUCAAGCAGUGAGGAAGACGGCCAGUUGAAAAACAUUGAGAUAGAAAGCCGGAAAUUAACAGUUGAUGCCUAUCACAACAAACCCAUUGGGGACCAAGAUGAUAAUGACUGCCAAGACGGCUAUUAGCAUCAGCUGUCUUAAGAAGUGGCUGUCACCUAAAGGAGCCUUGGGAGUUUGAAAGUGUAUCAUGAUAACUAUAAUUUAUUGAUGUUUUGACCAAAAGAAUAACCAGAUGCCUUUUUUUUUUUUCCUGAAAGGAAUUGCUGGACAUUACACUUGUUUCUAGGAUGUCAUCAUUUCAUAGAGGUUUAAAUACUGUGGAGUGACACCAGAACCCAUCCAAAGAGGCUAGAAGCAUGAAAGGAUCUGCAUAUCUUUGCAGCUGAGAUAGUUCCUAACUCAUCAGCCUAACAAACAAAGAUAUUGGGGGUCCACGAUAUACCAGGCACUGUGCUGGGUGUUGGGAACGUAAAGCAGGUGAAGACUUGUUUCUUGCUCCUGAGGAGCAUAUAGGGAUCCAUAAAGCUACAUAGUUAAAGAGGGACGUGUAUAAGAGAAACAAGAAUUGUUACAACCCAAUAUGGUGAGUACCAAGACAGAGCUAUGACCAUGAUAUCUAUCUGGGAGCACUGAGAAGGGUGACCAACGCUUUGUAGAGCGAGGAAGGGCUUCAUAGCAGAAGACACUGGAGUUGAAAGGUUGCAUAGGGUUUCCUCAUUGGAGACUGGAGAUUUCAAUUCUUGGGAUAAAUAAUAGUUAAUUCUAUAGGAUUAAAUAUUUUCUUUGCAAAAUCACAUUGAAAUUAUGGCACAGUGAGUUGUUUUAGAUAAGAAAAUCUUUUUUUCCCAAUUAAUUUACUCAAUUCACAUUUUUUUUUUUUUUUGUAGAACUCCCAUAAACAUCACCUUACUGAUCACCAGUGAUGAUAUGAAGGAGAGGGAGAAAGAAAUUCCUCUUUACUUAGAUACUUUUCAGCUUUAUUUUUUUAAAAAUCAGUUUAUGUGCAAUGCUAUAAAAAAACUGUUCUCUGAGUCCUUUACAGAGAAAAAUUCUGUAUAUAAGAUGCAACUGAUUUUUGCCAGAUACCAUUUGAAAUGUUACCUCAAUAUAAAAUACUUGUUUUAUUUGUUUUGUAAUAAAGAUUAUAAUACAUUAGGAUA